AUGGAGACCAGUCCACUCCUCGAGAAACCUUGCUACCGGUCCAAGCAGCCUCCGGCAUGGCAUGACUUCGUCGACCUUUCUUCGAUGGCAGCCCAAGUGAGCAUGGCAACGUUGGCGCGCGCAGUUCUUCUGGCCAUCGACUCAAUAUUCCUGGGCCACCUUGGCGUGAAAGAGCUAGCGGCAGCCUCGCUCGCUCAAUUGUGGACCAGUCCAGUUCUCUAUGCUGUGUGGGCUUCCGCCUCCGCCCUUAAUACGUUGUGCGGGCAGUCGUGGGGUGCAGGCAACCGGGAGCUGACAGGCAUCUGGCUGCAGUUUGGACUCAUGAUCACGACGUUGCUUUCGGUUCCUGUCACGAUCUGGUACUGGUGUGUAGGUUAUGUCCUCGAGUACUCGACGGAUGACCAGGAGGUUGUCGCUCUCGCCACCACAUUUUCACGUGUCCUCUCGGGGUCUAUUCUCCCAUCGCUUCUCUACUGCUGCCUCAGACAAUAUUUGCAGGCCAUUGGGAUCUUGCUUCCCACCACUAUUGUGGGAAUGGUUUCAAUCUUCGUGGCUGCUGGUAGCAACUACGUCCUCAUCUAUGGCAUCGGUCCGUGGGACGGCUUGGGCUUCAUCGGGUCUCCGAUCGCGACAGUUGUGGCCUCCUGGUUCCAGCCCUUCGCGCUCUUCAGCUACGCCAUCCUGUACAGAAAGCACCACCACCGUGCCUGGUACGGCUGGAACAUCCACGCUCUCACGCUCAGCCGGCUCCGAUCUUUUCUCCGGGUGGCAGGCCCCAUUUCCAGCAACAGUUUCGUGUCCAAUCUGGCGAACGCGCUGGUGGCUCUCGUGGCUGCUCGACUGGGCGCUCGCGUCAUUGCUGCCAACGCCGUCAUUUCGGGUCUGUGGUCCUUGCUGUGGGCGCUCUUCUGGGGCUACGGCUGCGCCACGCAGGUCCGCGUUGCCAACUACCUGGGCGCGGGCAAACCGGACCUGGCUCGCCGCAUUACCGGUCUGGGUUUCAUCUGCACGAUGGUCGUGGUGGUACUCAUCGCCACUGCCACGAGCGUCAUGGACCAGCACAUCAUCACUCUCUACACGACGGACACGGAGCUGCUCACCAUGUGCAGACUCGUGCUGCCCGUGUUCGUCGUCGCGUGCGUCUUCGAGGCCGUCGAGAUUCUCGGGGCGGGGGCUCUCACUGGGAUGAGCCAAGUGCAGACUGUGUUCUGGACCAGCGCGAUCGCCACGUGGCUCAUCAACCUGCCGGUUGCCUACGUCGGCGGCAUCACCUUGGGUUACGGCUUCCCCGCGCUCUGGGUGGGCGUGCUGAGCAUGGAGCUGUUCAAGGUGGGCAGCUACUCGCUGGCGCUCGCCCAGGUGCGCUGGAGAGACAUGGCCGAGCGCGUCAAGGAGGCGGCGGAGGCGGCGCCCGAGAUGGAGCAGAGCACGGCGCAAGCCAUGGGGGACGCCGGCGGCGACGCGCCUCUGGGCAAGUGGGCGCAGCGCAAGGAGGCGCGCCGCAACAUGUACGCGACCAGCACGGAGAAGGUGCGCGUGCACCGCCGAGGCGUGGGCGCGUCGUCGGCCUCCAGCGCCGCCGCCAUGUGCCAGAAGUGUCUGCGGCCGGGCCACUGGACCUACGAGUGCAAGAACGAGGCCGUGUACGUGCAGCGGCCGUCGCGCUCUCAGCAGCUCAAGAACCCGAAGCUGCGCCAGCCCUUCAACAAGGACAAGCCGCCGGAGCUGCAGGACCAGGAGAGGGCAGCGGCGGAGAAGAGCAAGAAGCUCAAGCGCAAGGACAAGGACAAAGCCAAGAAGAAGAAGGCGAGCUCGCGGUCGCACUCGCGCUCUCGCUCGCGACGCAAGCGCCGCCGCAGUGUCAGUAGCAGUAGCAGCGAUUCAUCCUCGUCCGACUCGUCAUCUUCCGACUCGGACAGCUCGGACUUGGACUCGUCUGGAUCGUCAAGCGACAGCUCCUCCUCGUCCUCCGACUCGGACUCGUCCGGUAGCGACAGCGACGGCUCUUCGUCGUCGUCGAGCAGUGACCGCAGCUCACGAAGAAGACAACGCUCGAAGCGCCGGCGCAGAGAUUAUUUUGGCUUUUGA